UCUUUUCUCUCACUCUCUCUCUCUCUUUUUCACUUUUUCUUUCAUCCUAUUUCCAUGGAAACAGACGAUCGUCUACACGUAUACCAAAAAAGACGAUCUGUAAGACCAACAAGUAUUAUACCAGAUCCUGAUGUUCCUCCACUUACUGCUCAUUGGUUUCAUGCACUAGACUGCCCUUUGACAGAUCCUUUAGCUAUACGACGAGCUAAAAGCGCAUCGAACUUGAAAAAACCACCCAAAAGUCCUUCCUCUCCCAAAGUGAAAACUCCUUCAAAUUGGAUAGCGUUUUCUAAACGGGAUUCCGCUGCAUUAGAAAAAGCAUAUCAGGGCAAUGACGUACGAGCCAAAGUAUUAGUGAACGAAGACCAAUUAUUUGAAGUAGAUGUCUAUGAACGAACCAUUAGUCCAGUCUAUUGGGAAGGUGCUACUUAUGAAGUACGAAGAGCUACUUGGUUUAUGCAAGGUGAUGGAUCAAAGUGGCUACCUUGUGAAGAAAAUUUGGCUGAACAAAUCGAAAUUGGUUACUAUAAACAUAAACCAUAUAGAAAUGAAAAUCAACAAACCGUGGAUGACAACUCCUCUACUACUAGUACCACUACAACUGCCAAUACUACAGCAGCACCAGCAACAGCGACAUUAUCACCUGCAUCAGCAAUAUCAGCCACUGCUGCUUCUUCUAAACGAUAUUCUUUUCCUCAAGCAAAAGUGGAUGAAACAUCAUCAUCAACAGCAACUGUGGAAGAAAAAAAAUUGGAAAUGACUUUGGCAAAACAACCUGUAGAAAGACAAUGGAAUCUAUUGGGACGUUAUCUAGGACAAUAUAUAGUAUACACUGGUGCUGAUACUGCUUGGUUAUUAUCUAAUAGUGCUAGUAGCAAGAUUGCAAAAAGUAUCAUUACUAGAUUGACCAACAAACAAAAUAUGGGUGGAACUCGACUGAUACGUGGCUAUUCUGAAGUGGAAAGACAACGACAAUCUACUAAAGCAACUAAAACUGCCACCUCUUCACCUAAACCUUCAGCAGCAUCAUUGGAUGAAAAGACAAUAAUUGCAUCAGUGGAGGCAGAUUUAUCAAGUAACACCCCUAUCUCAACACCAUCAGCAGCAGAGGUAGAAGAGGAAAUUACUGAACAGGAUGAAGAUGAUGAAAUUAGAAAGAUUGAUCACCUUAUUUUUGCUGUCCAUGGGAUUGGACAAAAGAUGACUGAAAAAACGGGACAGAACUUUGUAGAUGACAUUAUUUCAUUUCGAAAAACCAUCAAGGCGGCAUAUUCUACCGGGAUAGCGGCAACAUCUACACCUCAACAACCUAAUGGUAUUCUGGUAUUACCUAUUUUAUGGCGACAAGAUAUCAAAUUUGGGAUUGCCUCUGAUGAUGAUGAAAGUAUUGAAGCUGAUCUUGGGAUGUUGGGUAUUGAUGAUGGUUGCCCCACUUUGGAAGAACUUACACUGGAUGGUAUUCCAAACAUUCGUACUGUUGUAUCUGAUGUUCUUAUGGACAUUCCUUUAUAUAUGACCCCCAAAUAUCGUGACCAAAUGAUUAACAUUAUAUCCAAAGAAAUGAACCGUGUUUAUGGUUUGUAUAUUCAAAGAAAUCCUACUUUUUCCGGCAAGGUUACCAUCAUUGGACAUUCACUUGGGUCGAUGCUCGCAUUUGAUAUGCUGACUUCUCAACCAUUCCAAAUACAACAAGGCUCUAUACCGCAACCUCUUAGCAAUACAUCUUCCGAAAAAAAGGCACCUCCAUUGAAUUUCAAGGUUCAAAAUUUCUUCGCUGUUGGUUCUCCUUUGGGUAUUAUUUUAUUAUUAAAGGGAUUCAAAAUCGGAUCACGGAAAUCUUUAGCUUCAUCUUCCAAUAGAUCAUUUGAAGAUUCUUCUACCUCAGCUACACCUAUUCCUAUUUGUUAUCCUGCUGUUGAAAAUUUAUACAAUAUAUUCCAUAAGGCAGAUCCUGUUGCUUAUCGAUUAGAACCAUUGAUUAGUCGCCAUUACAGUGCAAAAUUGAAACCUGAACCUAUUCCAUAUGUUAAGGGUGGAUUGAAAGGUGUAUUUGAUGCUGGGUACAAUGUAGGAUCAGGUAUUGCCAAUCGUGCAGGGGCCAUGUAUGAAUCAUUGAAAGUGGGUCUGACUACCAAUCUUUUGAUGCGUGGACUUGGAUUAUCUCGACAACAAAUGUACAAAGACACAACGACUGAUGAAGAUGAUGAAGAAGAAGACAACAAUACCAACGAUAGUGAUGAUAAUGAUUUGAAUACGUCGACGACACGUAUCGUGGAAGAUAAUAAUGCAUCUUUAUCUUCCUCAUCCGCAUCUUAUUCACCACCUUUAGAUCAACAACCAUCACAUUUAAGCAGUGCACAUAACAAACACAUCCAACAAUACCAAAUCGAUACCAAUGACUCGUCGUCAUCAACAACAAGUAAUAGCAAUAGCAACAAUCGGAUACGAUCUAACAGUGAUCCAGCGUAUGUAUUCUCAUCUUCAGCCAUUGGAAUGCAUCGACAAUCAUCCAGUCUUAAAACGACAUUGACCAGGCAAUCUCCUCCAGCACCACUACCAACCCAUAUUCAUACUCAUGGUGCACGCAAACUGAAGUUAAUGAAUUUGAAUGGCCGUGUGGACUAUGCUUUACAAGAAGGUUUAUUGGAGAAUCCAUACUUGAAUGCGUUCAAUGCUCAUAUGCAAUAUUGGCAAGAUAUUGAUGUAGCUGCUUUUAUAGUUAGAGAAACAUAUCGAUAGAAUUCCAGUCUUAGUUAUUUUUUUUAUUUUUUUUUUUUUUUGUCUUAAAAAGGGGC